UUGGCACUGAACAACUGAUGGCACUGCGGAGCGAUCCAAGCUUCACCGAAAGGGAAGAAGAAGAAACUCCAGGAAGCGUGGACCAAAACAACGUGGUUUUGUUGUAAUUCAGUGUCCUGUGCGUAACAUACCGCGUCUCACAGAAGCUAACCAGUGUUUACCAUGAAGCACACAGAUCCAAAGAAGCAGCAGCAACACUCACUCUACCUAGAAGUUUGUCACCAAAAUGAGGAGCCAUCUCUUCCUCUGCACACUGCCAUCGCCUUGUUUCUCCUUGCCUACUGCGACUGCAAGUCAUUCAAAGUUUUUCUGGCCACUACCAAGCGUGGCACCUCCCAGUCUCUGAGAAGUCACCUUCCAGAGUCUCUGGAUGUCUCGGAUAUUGAUUGGGAUGACCUGCCCCUGUUGGUGAGAGGCUGCCGUCUCCCUGCUGCUGUGGAUGAGACAGGGAGGUACUGCAGGGCUGGGCUGGCCGUGGUGCUGCGUCACAUCAUCACCAGAACCACUGAGGCUGACCCCGGCAGGAGGGAUGUGCUGGCCCUGCUGGGCUUCAAGAAGACCUGCCUCAAGGCCUGCGCUGAGGUGAGCCAAUGGACCAGACUGUGUGAAAUUGGCAUCCCCUCUGCUGUUGAAGAACACCUCCGAUAUCCCACUAAUCAACAUCUGCAGCUGCCUCCCUACAUCCUUCACUUAGAGAAAAAGCUUGGGGAGCCUGUUAAAGUCCACAACGACGACAAAAUACGAAGACAGAAACUCAGGCAACAGGGACAAGCAAAAAAUGGCGAAUCACCCAAAGCCCCAGGGAGCUCAGACUCCGAGUCCCAGCCGGCUCAGGCGCCUCGGGCUGGUGGUGGACUCGAGCUCAGGGCAGCUCUGGAGAAGCUGUCUGUGGAUGCAGCUCCACCGCCGGCCACCAGGGAGAACUCUGAGAUCAGGAAAGUGAAGACCACAGAUCUGCCCCCGCUGGAGCAUGUGUUCGCCGAAGGACUGUACUUCACCCUGACUGAUGUGGUCCUGCUGCCAUGCAUCCACCAAUACCUGCGCUCCCUCCAGACCCAUGCUGCUGGUGCUCUUACUCAGCUCCCCCUCCUGCUGCGCUGGUACAGCCGUGUCCAGGAGGUACCAGGGGUUCUCAGAGCAGCCAAGGCCUGCGGGAUGGCUCUCUUCAGCCCGCAAACCCCCAUAUCUUGCCCCCCAGGCACAGACCUAGAGGCCGCCCCAACCAGCCAAGCGAAGCAGGAAUGCCUAGAGACGACCACGCAAGCCCCCUUUGUUGGCGGCCCCAGGCCCACAAUGACUAAACUUAAAGAGAAUGGCAUCAAGGCAGUCUUCUCCCCCCAUCCUCGCCCGGCCUGGACCCUCCCAUGGGACAACUUACCAGCAGCUAUCAACCCCAUUGAAGGGAAAAUGUCAGAUGUCCGCGCAGUGAGAAAAAGACAACAACUGAAUAACUUGGUUGCCAUGGUUACAGAGUUAGCCAGGCCGGGAUACACUGUUGUGGAUUUCUGCAGCGGAGGGGGACAUGUGGGGAUUGUUCUGGCUCACACGCUUCCGGAUUGCCAGGUCAUCCUGAUAGAAAACAAAGAGGAGUCCUUGGUCAGGGCCAAGAGUCGCAGUGCAGAGUUGGGUCUGGCCAACAUCGGCUUUAUUCAGGCCAAUUUGGACUACUUCACUGGACCGUUUCACAUCGGGGUGGCCCUCCAUGCAUGCGGUGUUGCAACAGACAUGGUGGUGGAGCACUGCGUCCAGGCGGGAGCAGCCUUCGUCGUCAGUCCUUGUUGCUAUGGCUUCAUCCAAAACACCAUCAAGUUCUCCUUCCCCAGGAGCAAAAAGUUCCAGGAGACUCUGAGUUAUAAGGAACACAUGAUCCUGUGCCGCUUUGCAGAUCAGACUGCUGUCCAGCUUCCUCCUGAAAGGCGACUUAUAGGUAAACAGUGCAUGUGCCUGGUAGACUUGGACCGCUCCUGGGCAGCAGAGACUCAUGGGUACUCAGUAAGGGUGAUAACCAUGGAGCCCGAGAGUUGUUCACCAAAGAACAACAUGCUUGUGGGAACGCCAUCUCUGAAGAGUACGCUGGCACUCACUGAAAGCCAACUGGAAGGAGCAGCGCAUAAUUAGGACUGUAAGGCCCAGUGUAUAGCAGGGCUUUUUCAAUGCAGUCAGGGUUUGAUGAAGUACCCAGGCUCUGUUGCUCCUGGCUAUGGGAAGGCAAUGCCAAGGAUAAGGCUAUUUCUUACCUACAUUCAUCACUUGCCUCUUAUUUAUUUUUUAUGACAAAGUUUUGUUUUAUAAGUAACAGCCUGCGAAAGAUUAAGAGACAUUUGCUUUUUGUUUAUUCUUUUGGAGUGAUAUUCCAUCAAAGACCAUCAUAGCCUCAAAGGAACAGGGUAUAGACAGCAUUGCCAUGGUGAUUGACUGAAUAAACACAUACAUGAGUUGUUUCUGUGUGCUACUUCUGUCAUUAAUUAUUUGUACUCAGUUACUGGCCAGGAGCACAGGAACUCAAGUUGUUGUAUCACGUUUGUGUCUUUGCAUAAACUGUGUGAUCAUGCUCUCUGUGUGUAAACAAAACCAGCAGGAAUUUAUACACCCAUAUUGGGAAAUAAAUUCUCCAUAUAUCCACAUGA